CAGCUGUCAGGGUAAAGUCCGGCGAGCGACGCGCGGCCGGACGGCGGGGGGAAGCGCGGCGCCGGGCCCGGCCCUGGAGAUGGUCCCCGGCUCCGCGGGCUGGUGUUGUCUCGUGCUCUGGCUCCCCGCGUGCGUCGCGGCCCACGGUUUACGCAUCCAUGACUAUUUGUACUUCCAAGUGCUGAGUCCUGGGGACAUUCGAUACAUCUUCACAGCCACACCUGCCAAGGACUUUGGUGGUAUCUUUCACACAAGGUAUGAGCAGAUUCACCUUGUCCCCGCUGAACCUCCAGAGGCCUGUGGGGAACUCAGCAACGGUUUCUUCAUCCAGGACCAGAUUGCUCUGGUGGAGAGAGGGGGCUGCUCCUUCCUCUCUAAGACUCGGGUGGUACAGGAACAUGGUGGGCGGGCAGUGAUCAUCUCUGACAACGCAGUUGACAAUGACAGCUUCUAUGUGGAGAUGAUCCAGGACAGUACCCAGCGCACAGCUGACAUCCCUGCCCUCUUCCUGCUUGGCCGAGAUGGCUACAUGAUCCGUCGCUCCUUGGAACAGCAUGGGCUGCCAUGGGCCAUCAUUUCCAUCCCAGUCAAUGUCACCAGCAUCCCCACAUUUGAGCUGCUACAACCGCCUUGGACCUUCUGGUAGAAGAGCUGGUCCCACAUUCCAGCCAUAAGUGACUGGGCUGGUAAGGGGAAACCCAGGAAUUUUGACAUUUGAAAUCUGGGGACAAGUGGAGCCAGGUAGAGGAAAAGGGCUUGGGCCUUGGCUAAGCUGAAGGAGGGAAGGCACACCACUGGUUUCCCUUUCCCAGGGCCUCCAAGGGUAUCUCAUGCUAUGGGAAGAAGCAAGAGCCAGGCCCCAAGGCUUCAGGCUAGAAUCUGGAACAAAAAGAGCUAAAGGCAUGAAGCCCGAGAGCCAUCUGUGUCUGGUCACAUCCUACCUGACUCCAGCCUCCCCAACCCAGGGUCUUGUCACAGUGACCUUCACAGCAGUUGCUGAGGUGGUUUAAGGAACUGGUGUUUGGGGACUCAAUAAAUCCUCAUUGACUUUUUAGCAAUAAAGUUUCCCAUCAGGGUUGCAA